AAUUUGAAUUGAGAAAACGCUUGUUCGAUGAUAAACCUGCAGAAUUCACAUAUUAUGAAUCAAUGUCCAGCUCGGUUAGGUUUCCUGAUUGCGGGUCUCUAUGGGCUUGCUUCUAAUAAUUACAAAAAAUGUUUGCUUUUUCUUUGUUUGGAUGUGGGAAUUUAUUGGCUCCGAAUUUGUAGGGAAAUGUUCUCACUUUGCUCUUUAUGCGUAAAUCUAUAUAGUAAUUUUCCCCUGGUACGUGGAUAAGGGCGAGGAUGAACAAAGGUGGACCGGCGGGUGGAGGAGUAUUGGGGGGUGGGAUUGGAGGUGGUGCAGGAAGGGGGCCGACUGCUGCAGCGGCUGCAGCUGCUGCUCAGAAGCAAAAGACUUUGGUGCAAAGGGUAGAAGGUGACAUCGCCAAUAUUGUGGAUAAUUUCAGCCACCUUGUUAAUGUUGCUAGGGUAAAUGAUCCACCAGUUAGAAAUUCACAGGAAGCUUUUAUGAUGGAAAUGCGUGCUGCCAGAAUGGUCCAAGCAGCUGAUUCCCUUCUUAAAUUGGUGUCAGAGCUGAAGCAGACAGCAAUUUUUUCAGGAUUUGCUUCUCUAAAUGACCAUGUUGAGCAAAGAGUGGUUGAAUUUAACCAAUUAGCGGAAAAGACAGACAGAAUGUUAUCUAGAAUUGGAGAAGAAGCUGCCGCUAGCCUUAAAGAGCUUGAGUCUCAUUAUUCUUCUUCUACGCAGAAGAAUAUUGAUGCCACGGAACCAUGACUGUUAUUCUGUUCAUCCACCUAGCACUCCUAUCUUAGUGAAGAAUACUUUCAAGCGCAUAAAUAGAUGAGUUUUCCAGCUUUCAGAGUUCAUACAAGUUUCCUUCGUUUGAAUUACUGGAAUUUAGGACUAGGUUGAAGAAAUUGGUAUCUCAUUUCUGAUGUGUACAAUGUAUGGUAGAUCGUGUCACAUGGAAUGAGGAACAAAAUUUAGUCUUGUACACCAUGUUUAAUCAAGAAACAUAAUAGUUUGUACCCCAAUUCUUUAAGUUAUUUUGCUGUAUCAAAUUUCAAUUUCCAAGCAAUUAAUAAUUAGUCUCAUACCAA